AUGUUAUAUAUGGAUGAAAUUGCUUCAUGUGAAUCUCGUUCUAUAGCCGGAUAUAUAUCAUUGAUAGCAUCAACUUCUGAACUUUUGGCAUUAUUUCUUGCCCACAAAUUACUUAAACGUUUAGGUCGUGGCAUUGGUAUGCUUGUCGCCUUCUUCAUUUAUACACGAAUGAAAAAACGGCGUCUCUUUCUACUUUAUGUUGUAUUUAAUAUAGUCAAUGCCAUUAUUUAUUCAGUAUCUUAUCUAUUGACUCAACAACGAAAAUCAUCUCGAACUGUGUUAAAAAUCGAUCAUGAUGGCAUUCCGGAAAGUGUCUCGACUGAAUCUGGUAAAUUAGUUUUAGUAAAAUAA